AUGAAACAGAUACUAUAUCCCGCACUGUUCUUCGGUAUAAUUGGCGCGGGUGGUGUCUACAUGGGCUCCAACCCCCGAAGCCAACCCAAAGAACUCGAUCACAUUCUCAGUCUCGCCGAACCCAAAUUGAUUAUCACCACGCGUGAUGCCCUCCCCAAUGUCCUCAACGCCUCUGCGGCCCGGGGUAUGCACCCAGCCCAGGUCUGUCUCGUCGACGAGGGCGCUAUCGACCACUGCGCCCAACUAUUCCUAUGGCAUGAACUAGGAUUUUCAGCAAGUCAAUUCUUUGCAAUGUGCGGUGACGAGACUCACAACAAUUUCGCGAAUCUCCUUUGCUAUGGUGAAAGCGACUGGCUGAAAUUCUCCGAUCCUGUCAUCGCACAGGCCACUCCUGCAGCCAUGUACCCAACCAGCGGUACAGGGGGACUUCCCAAAGCAGCCAUCCUGUCCCACUAUGCACUUGUCUCACAGCACCGCACUAUUUACUACGAAGUGCCUCAUCCAGUCAGCCGGCUCAUCUCGCUGCCCAUGUUCCAUCUAUUUGGCGCGCUUUGGACACAUCUCUUCCCUGUCCGAUACGGACACCCGUUGUUCGUCCUACCACGCUUCGAGGUCAACGAGUUCUUGGCCGCUGUCCACAAGUACCAGAUCUCAGAGACUUACCUCGUCCCGGCUAUCAUUCACUCCAUCAAUCAAUCAUCUGUUCCCAUCGGUGAUAUGUUGUCAUCGCUUCGCUAUGUUGGUGUCGCUGGCGCUCCUAUUGAUGGCCACUCCAUGAAACAGUUCCGCACAUACAUCAACCCUAUGGGAUAUGCUUGCCAGAUCUGGGGAAUGACCGAGGUCGGUGUGACAUUCCAGACUCGCUAUGGCCAGCAGGGCGACCCAGCUAGUAUUGGCACAUGUAUUGCCGAGUACGAGGCCCGCCUAGUGGAUCAAGAUGGCAAAAUUGUGCAGGCUGAUUGUUGCCCGGGUGAAUUGUACGUUCGUGGACCGGGUCUUCUUACUGCAUACAAAGGCCGCACAGAUGCAUUGGAGCCACAUGGAUGGUUCCGAACCGGUGAUGUGGCAUACGUCAAACAGGGCCAGUAUUACAUUGUUGGACGUACGAAGGAGCUCAUCAAAGUCCGAGGAUGGCAAGUCGCUCCAGCUGAAGUCGAAGGUGUCCUCCUCCAACACCCGGGAAUCAUGGAUGCCGCCGUGAUCGGCGUGAACAAGGAUGGCGUGGGCGAAGUUCCACGCGCCUUCAUCGUUCGCUCGCGUGACCCAUCAGUGCGUCGCUUAACCGCCGAGCAGGUUUACAAUUAUGCACGCCAGCAGCUGGCGAAAUACAAAUCUCUCGAUGGAGGUGUCGUAUUCGUGGAAGAGAUUCCACGCACUGCAAGUGGGAAGAUCCAGCGUUUCAAGCUGUCACAGAUGAACUCCUACCGUGAGAUGGUGGCGUCCUUGCUAUCCGGAUUCGAAAGUGACGCCUCUGCUGCAGCCACCGCCACUCGACGAGGAUUACCCGCCGCGGUUGACAUGUCCCCUAUCGGCGUCAUCCCCGAAGGACGGGUGGCAGUCUAA